CGAUUAUUUCGACAUUUCGCCUAAAGCACGUCUAAAGACCCUCGUCAUGUUUGGGCUGCUGGUGAUUCUGCUGCCACUAGUGCAGUGUUUAAUCCGCCCUACAAGUACAAGCCCAUCUGGUGGCUCACCUGUCAUUCUAGUGUCCACGGACGGGCUAGGAUGGCAGUUUCCUGAGCGAUUCAAUACGCCGAAUUUGGAUUUCAUGGCGCAAACUGGAGUCAAAGCGAAAUACAUGAAGGUCGUGACACCCAGUGUAACAUGGCCCAACCAUCAAACCUACAUGACGGGGCUCUACCCUGAAAGCCACGGGAUUGUCUCCAAUAGAUUCUGGGAUCCCGCGUAUAAAGAGAAGUUUAUAUUCGAUCACGACUGCUCAAAUGGCGACCCAAAAUUCUGGAACGAAUCUGAGCCGAUUUGGUUGACCUUGCAAAAGAUGGGCAAAGAUUCCGGUUUGCAUUUUUGGCCAGGCUUCUUCAGUUACGACAUCAAGCCUACGUAUUACGAGAAACUGACGUGCUUUCUCAACUGUAGUGCAAUACCGUCGAGUGAAUUGUGGAAGUACAGGAAUAAGACCCGGAAAGAGUGGCCUCCCUACGAACACUGCUACCCUAACUACACCAUCCCCUUCUCAAAGAGAAUAGAAAAGAUUAUGAGUUGGCUCACGUCAAAGAAACCCCCGCAGUUUGUGGGGUUUUAUGCUGAUCAACCUGACUGGGUCGGACACUCGUAUGGUCCAGACUCGGACAAGUUUAGGCGAAUGGUCGAACAUGUGGAUAAGGUUGUUGUUGGUGGAAUGAUCGACUCACUCAGGAAUGCCGGUCUUCUCGAAAAGGUCAACUUGAUAUUUGUCUCGGAUCACAGCUUCACAACUGUCAACAAAAGUAGAGUGAUUUUCUUUGAUGACUUUAUUGACCCUGCAACCUAUAUGCUAACUGAAGCUACAGCGUUCGGUCACAUAUGGCCAAAACCUGGGAAAUUCGACGAAAUCUACACCAAUCUAACCACCCACAUGAUUCAGAAGUACCCCCAGGUCAAGGUGUACAAAAAGGAAGAAAUACCGGAAGCGUUCCAUUACAAAAAUAAUCGCCGGGUCCCUCCCAUCUAUGUCUCAGCUGGGUUCGGGUAUGGGUUCAAGCCUAGGAGGGCAUGGUUUAAUGUUUCGGACGACUGGGUUUAUGGUUACCAUGGAUACCCAUCCGAUGAGAGAAUGGGAGCCAUUUUUUAUGCGCGCGGUCCCGCCUUUAAGACUGGGUACUACUUUGAUGGUCCUCUUAGGUCUGUUGAUAUAUACCCAAUGAUGUGCGAGUUGCUAGGGAUUCAGCCACACCCUAACAACGGUUCCCUUAGCAACAUGAUGCAGCUUAUGGUCAAUCAGGCCCCGAGGGGGGUGGGAAGUGUAGGUGUUCUGGUCUCGGGGUUGAUGCCUAUUUUUAGUAUCAUUACAUCAUUUUACUUAUUCUAAGUUUAUACAUUAAUGGAUAGAGAUGGUGGUAGAGAGGGUAGCUUUUUUCCACCUAGCCUGCUUGCAGGCGAUAGUCGGUGUUAUCAUCGGGGAAAACCCUCUCCUUCAGUGAUAGGGCGCCACCUUUUAUUUUAAGCCGCGUGGUUCCUGGGAACAAGCGCAAAAACGGACGCCCCCUGCCCCCCUGCCCUGCGUCCGUUUUUGCGCUCGCCCCCAGGAACCUUCAUAACACCAUGGGUGAACCGAACUUUUUUUUAGAAAAUAUUCAUAUACUUAUGAGGGGUCAUUUGUUUUUUGUAUUUUUUGUUUGUUUGUUUAAUAAUUUGUCCUCCAAUAUACUAAAAAAAAAUAUGUAUAUAACACUAGAAGUAAACGGUCUAUGGGUCUUUUCCCAAUGGCAGAUUGAUGAUAAGCAUACGGGACACACAAAAAGCACCGGGAGCUUGCGGUCACUCUAAUUCGCCUUGUAAACCAUGAAUUAGCCGAUAAUUAGCCGAACAUUGGGCGAAAAUUGGCCGAGAGUAUACCAUAAGCUUUUGCUUUCUUUACUUGAAAUCCCCUGUUUCACCGGUCUAACGUAUGUGUAACACAUGUAUAAGCCACAUGUAUUUCAGGACGAUUUUGGCUCCACUGACGUAAUCACAACGCAAAGUGUGACUCCACUCAAAUAGUAUUGUCAAAUCUUAUUGCCAAGUCUUGAAAUAGAUCUCCAUUUCGCAGUUUUAUUUUAUCGCCUGCAAAGUAAAAAAAAUAGCUUUUUUCAGUUGAAAAGCAUGAAAUUGAAAGAUGCGUUAAUAGUAUUAAUAAUGGUUUACCCUGAAGGUUGUACCAUUAUACGCCUACGAUUUGUCAAGAGAAAUGGCGAGCCACAUUUAAUUAGUUUGCUUGUGUCAAUAAUGGUUUCUCUUUUAGUUGUAUUGCUAGACGCCUACAGCGCGGUGAUAGCAGUUGUCACCAGUUAAGGCGAUAAUUUCUAGUAGUCGUAUGAUUGUAUCAAUAAUGGUUUAUCAUUGACAGCAUUACCAUGUUUCUACAA